AAAGGCUUUGAGCUCAGGACGCCCCUCGCUCUCUCCCUCUCUCCCUAUAUCUCUCUCCCUCUCACUCUGCCUACAAAAGCAGCCUCGCUCUGUCGUCCGUUCCCUUUUCUACCAUGGAGAUGUUAUUUAAAAGGUGGCGCUAGGCUAGUUUUCAUUUUAUUUCAUUUUAUUUAUUUUUUUACUUUCUCAUACUGAUAUGUACGACCAUCUGGAUCCGCGCUCGGCCGAGAGAGAGAGGCUUUUAGUUGGUAUAAUACAAGGAAGCGUCGCCUGAGAGAGGGAGAGAGAGGGGGAAGGAUUGACGCUUUUCCUCCUCUCCUACUCCUCCUCCUUCCUUUCGCCCCCCCUCUCCUCUUCUUUUUGGCGGAGAGAGGGGUUGAGGCUGGAAUAAACGCUUUUUUUUGUUUUUGGAUUUUUUUAAUGCCUUUGAAUCCUACUGCGCAAUCAGACCGGAUCACGUGGGACUGGAGCGAGUUGGAUCGAUUUUGCACAGUUCAAUAGGAGAGAGAGGAAAACAGAGAGAGAAACUAACAACUCUUAUUUCUUGUUUUUGUUUUUUCUUCUACUUCUGUGGAUAACUGUGACUGUUGAUACUUUUUUUUUUUUUUUUUUUUUUCGUUAUUGCCAGAGAAGUGGGUGUUUGAGUGGCUUCUUUCUUUCAGCCUUGGAGGUGAGGAGUAUUAAUUCUUAUAUGCCUGGGUUUUGAAAAACAAUGGAGACGCACAUCUCGUGCCUCUUCCCGGAAAUUUUGGCCAUGAUUUUCAGUUAUCUGGACGUGAGGGACAAAGGCAGGGUGGCCCAAGUGUGCAUCGCUUGGAGGGAUGCAUCCUACCACAAGUCAGUGUGGAGGGGGGUGGAGGCCAAGCUGCACCUCCGCCGGGCCAAUCCCUCCCUGUUCCCCAGCCUCCAGGCCAGGGGCAUCCGGAGGGUCCAGAUCCUCUCCCUGCGCCGCAGCUUGAGCUAUGUGAUCCAAGGAAUGCCCAACAUUGAGUCCCUCAACCUGUCCGGCUGCUACAACCUCACAGAUAACGGGCUGGGCCACGCGUUUGUGCAGGAGAUCCCAUCACUGAGGGUUCUGAACCUGAGUCUGUGCAAGCAGAUCACAGACUCCAGCCUUGGCAGAAUAGCUCAGUACCUGAAGAACCUGGAGGUGCUGGAGCUCGGUGGCUGCAGCAACAUCACCAACACUGGGCUUCUCCUCAUAGCUUGGGGCCUGCACAGGCUCAAGAGCCUCAACCUGAGGUCCUGCCGGCAUGUCUCGGACGUGGGGAUUGGACAUCUGGCGGGCAUGACCCGCAGCGCGGCAGAGGGCUGCCUGAACCUGGAGUACCUGACUCUGCAGGACUGUCAGAAACUGACGGACCUGUCACUCAAGCACAUUUCCAAGGGGCUGACCAAGCUGCGGGUCCUGAACCUGAGCUUCUGUGGGGGGAUCUCAGACGCAGGGAUGAUCCACCUCUCCCACAUGGCCUCCCUGUGGAGCCUCAACCUGCGGUCCUGUGACAACAUCAGUGACACGGGGACCAUGCACCUCGCCAUGGGAACCCUGAGACUCUCCGGACUUGACGUUUCCUUCUGUGACAAGAUAGGGGACCAGACCCUGGCGUACAUCGCCCAAGGGCUGUACCAGCUCAAGUCGCUGUCCCUGUGCUCGUGUCACAUCUCGGAUGACGGGAUAAACCGCAUGGUGAGACAGAUGCACGAGCUGAGGACCCUGAACAUCGGACAGUGCGUGCGUAUAACGGACAAAGGGCUGGAGCUCAUAGCGGACCACCUGACCCAGCUGGCAGGCAUUGACCUGUAUGGAUGUACCAAGAUCACCAAAAGGGGACUGGAGAGGAUCACACAGCUCCCCUGCCUUAAAGUAUUGAACCUGGGACUCUGGCAGAUGACAGAGAGUGAGAAAGUGAGGUGAUUGGAAAUGUUGUUUUGUGUGUGCGUGCGCGUGUGUGUGUGUGUUCUCUUUUUCCUUGUUUUUUUUGUUUUUAAAGGGGGACAGAGGGGCAGGAGAAGGGGAACUGUGGACGGGUGGGAAAACUAUUUUUCUGAUUUGAAAAGAGAGGGAGAACCCUUCUUUUCCCCCUGCACUGUUAAAGGUGCGCUUCUCCCAUGUUGCCAGAAUGUUCUGUCAAAAUAUUUUCCUUUCAGUUUGCCGUGCAGGAUCUACACGAGUGUUUGCUAUGACUUAAUAUUCUAAUAGGGAGAAAUAAAAAAAACAAAAACUGCUUUUUUUUUCUUGUAAAAAUCCAUGUUAGCAUUUAUUUCUUAACCACAUAUUGAGUUUUUUUUUUAAACGUCGCACCAAAUUUUCCAACACCGGGCUGGAUUAAUAACUUCAACGCGGUGUCGCUCUCUGCACACGUGCGAAUAAUCUGCUGCGUUUACUGACACUUGCUUCCACGUAGCGACGAUCUAAAAACAAGUGAACCUGCAUCCAAAAGUGACCGAUUUAAGGCAAAGUUAAGAGUUUGGUUUUUCUUUCAAAAACUUGAGUGUGAGACUUUAAUUUUUUACAGUGAGUGUGGAUCUUCGCUACAGCCAUCACGCCUAAAACAAAAAAAACACAAAAAUAACAUUUGGCUACCUCGUAUGUGGUUGUUUUCAAAGGGUGUAUACUGUUAAAAAAAAACAAAAAAGGAAGGGGGAAAGUGAGAAUGAGAGACUGGGAGAAAAUGUGCCUAAAGGGACUGUGUCUGCCCCCUCCCCCCCUCCCCCAUUCCCUCCCUCCCUCCUUCCCUCCAUGGAGCAGAGCUGGAGAAAGGAGACCAGGACACGAUCUAACUACCUUUGUUAAUUUAUCCCCCUAAACAGCAACAAUUUCCUGGAGAGAGAGAGAGAGACGGAGAAGGGAAGUGUACGCGAUGUUGUCCAAUCACACGAGGAUGACGCUUUAUGCAAAAACAACAAUGAUCGUUAUUAUCAUUUUUCUUUCCUUAAAGUCCAACAUUAAAGUCCUUUUUAUUAGACGUGCGUUGCAUUCAGGGUUUGAACCAGUAUGAAGGAGACAAGACUAUCAGCCCGCGUGAGACUGAUGAGAAACAGUCCUUACAUAACAACACUGUAGAGGGGAGAAGGAACAUUAUAGCGGUGUAAUACAGGAUUUAAUUGGCACGAUCGGGCCGUUAUCAGACACGAUAUUAGCGUGGCGCGUGGUGGGAACGCUCAGUGUUGUUUUGUGGUGGAAAUACACGUCCGUUUGACGUCAUUCAGAGCGUCGUACUUCAAAUUGAAGUGAUUUCUAUGUCUUAUUCCCUUUAGUGGUCCAAAACAAAUCAGGGUCUGCUGUAUGUUGUUUCCCCCCCUCCUCCUCAUGUUAAUGCCAACACCUUCAUAUUCAUGUUGCUCCAGAGAGAAGGGGGGGGGUGAGGGGUAAGAGGGGUAAGGGGGGGUUGACAUGUUUCCUCCUCCUUUUUCUUUAUCUCUCUCUUUUCUCCCUGAAUUCAAACACCCUGAAUCCAUUUUGAGACAUGCUUAGAAGUAGGAGCAAUCGAUUAUUUUCUUUUUUCUCUUUUCUCUCGCCUCCGUCUCGGGUUACAAGCGGAAUGUCUCUCUCUCUCUCUCUCUCUCUCUUACUCUCUCCCCCUCUUUCACGCACACACACACAUGCACACACACACACACACACACACACACACACACGCGUGCACACAGAGGCCUGUGUGUUGUUAAUGUAAUGCAAAUGACCUGCUAGAAAAAUUAAUAUACAGUUGUGCGUUCCUGCUGAAAAAGCUGCGUGUGUGCGUGUGUGUGUGUGUUUUGGAAAUAAAAUGAUGUACUGUAUAUUAUGUGUUUGUAAAGAAGGAAGAAGAAGAAAUGCAGAAUCCCCAAAUUAAAUUGUUUUAUAUUCUUACGGUUAAAACAAUUAAAGAUAUUUAUAUAAUAAAAGAAA